CUGAGGUUGAGGUUAUGUGGUGGUUGUGUGUUGUGUCUGUGUGAUUCCGUUUGUUGUUGGUAUAUGGCCGCUGUUUUUGUGGCAGAGAUUAUAUUUAAUAGUGGAUGGUGGUAAUUCAGAUAACCCACAUGCAUACAUAACCUCAAAUUAUGCCGAAAUCCCGCUCUUCGUUUUAUCGACAUGUGAGACAGUACAAUUCAUUUAUUCUAUCUUGCACUGAGAAUAAUGUCGUUGAGAACAAUAAUCCAUUAAAUAGAAACCAGUAUGAAAGUGCACAAGCACUUGCAACAAAUUUGGAAAUUACCGAAAAUAUUCCAUUACCAUCAACAUCGGCUAACAUCGAUGAAAAUAUUGAAUUUUGUUCAGUUUUUCACACUAGUUAUUGGGAGUUAUCUGAUUUAGAUGAUAGUAGUAAUGAAUCUUUUACAGAUUGGAGUAAUACAUUUUUGGUAUCUAGUUUAGAUUUAUAUCAACAAUCCAAUCAUUCAACUUCUGAGGACAAUUGUUCUAACAUUACUAACGAUUUAAGAGAAUGGGCAAUUUCUCAUAACGUGUGUCAUAACACUUUGAAAGAGUUACUAAAAAUUUUAAAACCAGUUAUGCCUAAUUUGCCGCAAGACUCUAGGACAUUCCUACGAACACCACGACAAACUUUGCUUAAAUGUGUAAAUCCAGGAAAAUAUUAUCACUUUGGUUUAGGAGAAGGUGUUAAAUGGUUACUUGAAAUGUCUCUCCCACCACCAUCUAUACAAACAAUUGAAAUUUGCGUUAAUAUUGAUGGGUUGCCAUUAUCAAAAAGUUCCAAUUCUCAACUAUAUCCUAUUUUGAUAUCACUUUUCCCUCAGAAUAACUACAUUUCAAUGAUCGGUAUAUAUCAUGGUAAUGAAAAACCCAAAGAUUCGAAUCUAUUUCUAAAAGAUUUUGUAGAUGAAGCCAUUAUGAUGGUGAACCACGGUUUUGAAUUUAAGGGAAAAAGAUAUUACUUCAAUAUUAAAGCUUUUAUUUGUGAUGCACCUGCUAAAUCCUUUAUAAAAUGUACCAAAGGGCAUACAGGUUAUUAUUCAUGUAGUAAAUGUUGUCAAAGGGGCCUAUUUGAUAACAACAAACUAUGUUUUCCUGACAUAAUUUUUGUUAAGCGGACAGAUGAAGACUUCAUUUCACAGAAACAAGAAGAACACCAUAUUAAUACUUCUAUUUUAACGACCAUUCCUAACGUUGGUCUUAUUUCUUGCUUCCCAUUAGAUUACAUGCAUCUUAUCUGUCUAGGUGUUGUUAAAAAAUUAUUGCUGUUGUGGUGUAAUGGGAAACCACCAAAUAAAUUAUCUUUUGGUCAGAUUUCAGAGUUGUCAAAUUCUUUAAUUUUACAGUCCAGAAAUAUUACUCGUGAUUUUUGCCGAAAGCCUAGAUCUAUACUUGAAGUUAAACGCUGGAAAGCAACUGAGUUUAGGCAAUUUUUAUUAUAUAGCGGACCAGUUGUUUUGAAAAAUAUAUUACCACAAAAUAUGUUGUUAAAUUUUAUGUCUCUUCAUACAGCUAUGUUCAUUUUGUCAAACCCAUUUAAUUUAACACACGAAAGAGUUAAUUACGCUGACUCUUUACUUAAAUAUUUUGUAGAAACAUUUAUGAUUUUAUAUGGAAAAUGUAACGUAUCCCAUAAUGUUCAUAAUUUAUUACAUAUAGCUGAUGAUGUUCUGCAAUUUGGAAGUGUAGACAACUUUAGCGCUUUUCGUUUCGAAAACUACAUGCAAUUUAUAAAACGCCUUGUAAGGAAACACGACAAUCCGAUUUCACAAAUUGUACGCCGAAUUUCAGAAAUAAAAACAUUUAGUCAGCUUUGUCGCACAGGGAUAAACCAAAGUAAAGUUCAAUUGAAAGAGCACUUUUCGGGCAUUUUAAUAGAUGGAUGUUAUUCUCCCCAAUAUAGUAACUUUCAUUUUCCUAAGUUUCAGCUGAAGAUUAUCGCUCCUGAUAACUGCUGUGGUUUAAAAGACGGUAAUAUUAUUAUAAUUGAAAAUUUCGCAACUAACACAUCAAAAGAUGUUGUCAUAAUUGGAAGAAAAUUUUUAAGUGUAAGUGAUUUCUAUUUAGAACCUUGCAAGUCUUCAUUAGUAGGAAUUUUUAAAGUUCGAUGUUUGGGGGUAUUGGAAUAUUGGCCAAUUUCCAAUGUAGAUAUAAAAUAUGUUAAAUUUAAUCUAGAUAACAAUAGUUUUGUCGUUGUCCCUCUUCUACACGGCGUAAACAAUUAAUCCCUUUUUGUGUGUGAUCUCACAAGUAGUCGUUUACUGGAUUUUGACUUUUCUUUAUCCUGAAAGACGUCUUGUAAGAAAAUCAAAUCAUAUUAAAUUGUGCAGAACACGAACGAAAUUUAACAUUUAAAAUGCCGUAAAUAUAUGCAUCGAAGCCUAAUAAUGGCGCACAGAAAAAUGUAUUAUUUACUUUGUCAGCGUAACUAUUUUAUGAUUAUCUGGGGCUAUUCUUUUGUUUUUCUUCUGUUAUGCGUGGUGAUGACUUUUUGAUCAAUCAUAACUUUUAGAAUGUGGGUGGUAGUAUUAUUUCAAAAAGAAAACUCUCUUGCUGUAAUACCAAAAUGUUGGUUAAUGUUUGACAAUGAUAAAUGCUACUGGCCUCCAGUACCAGAUGUGUCGAAUUACGUCUGUAAGUGCAAAGAGCCGGAUGGUAACUGGCAUGUAUUUGGGGUGAGAGUUUUAAACAAUGGAAAAGUGUAUGACAAUUAUUUGAAAGCACGGGCAGCUGCUCGUGCCGCAGAAAAUACGUCCGAUAUAAAUACAGAAUCUGAAGAUCAAAAGAAAAGGAAACGGAAACCAAAAAAAAUUUAUAGUGAUUCUUCUUCUGAAGAUGAUGAUAUUAGCGUCUAUUCCAAGGCUGCAUUCCCACCUUUGCCCAAUGCCCCAACGCGUUUUGCUUCCUGUUCAUCGUCAGAACCAAGAAGUGCAAUCUCACAAAGUUCCUCCGAGUUAAACAAAAACGACAUUUCUUCUUCUGUUUCUAAAGAAACUCUCACAGAUGUGUCCCCGUCUACUUCACAAUCCCAAAGACUGAUUGAAAAAACUUCAGAUGAUUUUUUGCACCGACUGCGACACCAACUUUCUGUCAUGAAUUUUAAAAUCAACAAUAUACAAAGUGACAUGACAACUAUCAUAGAUCUGUUAAGGAAAACACAAGAAGUGAACUCAGGCCAAAGUGACUUUAAUUAUGAACCAUUACCCUUGCAAACUUUGCAAUCACUAAACGAAUUUGAGGACUAUUUGCAAAUUGAGGACAAUUUCAAAAAAUUUACUUUGUUUGUUCAGAAAAUUGGAGGUUCGUCCAUAUAUGAAUGCGUGAAGAGGGUGCUUAGAAGAGUUAUGGUUGACGAAUUAGCGACAAAAUUCUCAUGGAACGGCAAACGACAGAAGCGGGCUUUUGAAGGAUUGAAUAUACAAAAAGGAUUAACAAGUGGAAUUCAAGCAAACGUUACCACAAAAAACUGUUCAGAGAAGGAUGUGGAAGCUUCCAUUAAAAGUUGGUUACGCCAUGCGAAAUCAAGAAUUAAAAUUUGAUUAAUACGUGUUACCAAAAAAUAUUCAUUCGUUAAUAGUUUUUUUUUUUAUAUAUAUAUAUAUAUAUAUAUAAUCAUUUCAGUUAUUAUAGAAAUAGGUAUUUUAUUUUUUAGAUUAUUCAUAUGAAAUAUUUUUGUAAUAUAUACUUACUAAUUAAAGAAAAAAUUAAAAUUGAA